GUAUUUAUCCCGAAAUUUAAUUGCAUAGUUACUGGUUAUCUGGGACAUGAUUUCUAUAAUUAAGGGCACUCCUAAUUUGGAAGAUCUAAUUAAAAUCAAGGUUGGUGCAUUAUAUAGGCUUGAGAAAGGAAGUAAAACAGAUCAAAACGAACCCAUCCAACUUUGAAUUCCCUAACCGCAAUCUUAGUCUUGUGAAAGUUGAACCUCUCGUGGCUCCUAAAAAAAGGAUCUUUAUCUGUUAUUUCUAUCCAUAAUUUUCAUUGAGUCUGUUGCUCCCAUUUCCAUUCUCUAUUGCUCCCAUCCCUUUCUUUUCCUGUACUUUUCAAAGGGCGCUUCUUACUCAUUGCUGGCAAAAUGGCAAAUGCAGCGUCCGGAAUGGCCGUGCAUGAUGACUGCAAAUUGAAGUUUCAGGAGCUUAAAGCAAGGCGGAUCUACCGAUACAUUACGUUCAAAAUUGAGGCACAAUCAGUUGUGGUUGACAAAAUAGGGGGAUCGACAGAAACAUACCAGGAUUUUCAGGCCAGUUUGCCAGCUGAUGAGUGUCGCUAUGCCGUGUAUGAUUUUGAUUUCACAACUGAUGAGAAUUGCCAGAAAAGCAAGAUCUUCUUUGUUGCAUGGUCACCAGACACUUCAAAGGUGAGGAUGAAGAUGGUGUAUGCAAGUUCCAAGGAUAGAUUCAAGAGGGAACUAGACGGCAUUCAAGUGGAACUGCAAGCAACUGAUCCAAGUGAGAUGAGCUUGGACAUUGUAAAAGCGCGAGCCCUCUAAGUCCCCCCUUUUGCUGCCUCAGCUCUCCUUCACAGUUCAAAGUUUACUAUUUUUUCCUAACUAUUUGACGACAUCGGGGGCCAUACUGUUAUUGUUUAUUUUAGCCUGGAUUCAAUCAACAACGACAAAUCCAAAAUGGCAUGUACUAUUAUAAUGUAUCUUUCUUCCAAACAUUCUUCAGUGUUCCAUUGAUCUUGAUUAGUUUCAAGAGACAAUGUGGAUGGCUGGAUCAAGACUAAGUAGCAUUUAUUAUAGGUUGCUGGUCUGACAUGUUGCCAACCAAACCACUUGGAAGAUGAAUUUAUGUAAAAGUAUUUAUUAUAU